UAUACGACGAAUGCAGGCAGCAUGUUUGUUUUCGUUCUAUUUGAAUGAAUAAUUUAAUAUUUAUUUAGUGUAACAAGUUUCUUUAGCUGUGAAUUGGAAACCCUUUUUGUAUUUUGACGAAUAAAAUUAAUUAACCGCGAAAAACUAUGACAGGGGACGAGCGUGGUCGGCGACGAAGCAGCGACCGACACCGCAGCCCCAGUCGCGAUAGGCACAGAAGCAACGAAAGGGACAGGCCUGACCGCAGCAGAGAUCGUCACAAGGAUCGCGAAGCAACUCGUGAUCGAAGCAGAGACCGUGAACGGGUGCGGGAGCGCAGUAGAGACCGUGAGAGGACUCGGGAACGAAGCAGGGACCGCGACAGGCCGCGCGAGUACAACAGGGACCACGAGAGGACUCGGGAGCGAAGCAGAGAUCGCGGCAGACCUCAUGACCGGGACCGAGUUGGAGGCCGAAGCUCAUACAGAGAGUUCAGUGGUGGUGGACUUGGCAGUGGUGGAGGUUUGGGUAGUGGAGGAAGUGGGCCCAAGACUCGCUACAAGCCCCAAGAGGAAGAGUUCUUGGACGCCCGGCGGGAGGAGCGUGAGAGGAUUGGACUGAUCGGUGUCUCUUCUGUUUGGGGCAAGUCCCCCAUGAGACCUGACUCUGAAGAAGAAACUUCACCGGCAGAAAACAGCAGUAAAAGUAAAGAGAAAAAGAAAAGCAAAAAAUCCAAAGAUAAAGAAGACACAAAGCAAAAACUAAAAAAACUGAAAAAGAAAUUGAAAAAAGUAAAGAAAGCUCGCAAAAAAGCAAAAAAGAAAUCCAAGAGCUCCAGCAGUGACUCCAGUUCAAGCAGUGAGGAAGAAAUUUGGGUGGAAAAAGGAAAGGAACACGAAGUGGAAGCGGGCAGCAAGUCGAAGUCCAGCAAGCGGCAGGAGGAGGAGCUGGCCAGCUCGGCGUUCGGGCCGGCGCCGCGCGUGGGCUUCGCGCUGGGCCACAAGGACUUCGGGCGCGCGCUGCUGCCGGGCGAGGGCGCCGCCAUGGCCGCCUACGUGGCCGAGGGCAAGCGCAUCCCGCGCCGCGGAGAGAUCGGACUCACCUCCGACGAGAUCGCCUCCUACGAGUCCGUCGGAUACGUCAUGAGCGGGAGCAGACACCGUCGCAUGGAAGCCGUGCGCAUCCGCAAAGAGAACCAGAUCUACUCGGCCGACGAGAAGCGCGCGCUCGCCGCCUUCAGCAAGGAGGAGCGCGCCAAGCGCGAGAACGCCAUCCUGUCGCAGUUCCGCGACGUGCUCAGCGCGCGCUCGCAGCGCCGCGACUCCUAGCCCCGCCUGAUGC